AUUUUAGCUUGGCUUUCGCCUGCCGAAAUACAAUUUUAUCAUUACAAUUGUUGAAAAAGAGAAGUAAUCAUUCAAUUAAAUGCUACAAAUAUAAUGGCAGACUCGCAGUUUUGUUUGGAGUGGGACUCCCACAAUAAAAACAUUUGUAAUGGUUUAAGUGCUCUACAACAGAAUGGGGAGUUUGUGGAUAUGACGCUGGCGGCGGACGGCCACCAUGUGAAGGUGCAUCAGAUGGUGAUGGCGCUUGCUAGCCCGUACAUUAAGGAGCUCAUCUCCACCGCCAACUGUCCGCAUCCCGUUAUCUUCUUAAAUAAAGUGUCAUACAAGACGCUAUGCUCAAUACUGGAGUACAUCUAUACGGGACAAGCAUUGGUUGCCGUUGAUGACAUCAGUGACCUGAUCAUCGCUGCCAAAGAGUUGCAUAUCAAGGGGCUGGAGGAUGUGAAAGCAGCCGGCGGCGCACCAUCCGUAACAGAAGUGGAAGUAGAUUUCGAAGCCCCAAAAGAGGUCCCUGAAAUACAAAUUAAGCUCCAACGACCCGACACAUCCACACCACAAUUCUCAGCGUUAAACACUUUGAAGAGAAAACUCGAAAGUAACAAGUCGUUAUCCAGUAUGCCGAUACGAAAAAGAGUUUUACUAAACAAGUCGGAGACAGAAAACAGAGAUAUGCCCGUGUUACAGAAGGAUGGGAAAGAAAAGGAGGUUGAUUAUGAUGACCCGUUGGAUGGAGAUGACCGGGAUGAUUAUGAUGAUGAUGGAGAUCACGAUCAGGACACAACUGUGGCAGUUAGUAAGCCGUCAGCUGAUAACCCGCAAAAAACAGAAACGACAAUGAACUAUUCAGUAUCGAAGAACGGCGUUCUCCGUCUGAUAUUGAAUCGGUUCGUGUAUUCCGCCGAGUACCGCUACAGCGACGGUCGACGCAAAUGGCGCUGCAGUAAUAGGAACCUUAACUGCAAAGCCUUUGUCGUUACUAAGGAUAAUUUGGUAGUAAGGAGAAUGUUUAACCACAUACAUGCAUUCCACGACAGGAAGAUUUUAAAAAUGGUGGCAGCAGGCAACGUUCUUGCCGCGUUACCAGAAGAUUGUAUAAAAGACGCCAACCAAAGUACUUUAUCUAAGAAACCCUGCGAGCAGGAAAAGAAAAUUAACUUUGCCGAAAGACCUUUGAAGAAAAUAAAAGCUAAAAAGCCCAAAGGGCAGGGUGACCGAAGCGAUGGGUUUGAAAGGGCCAGUGAACAUUUUAAGCAAGGUCUGGACGAAAAGCCUUGUAAGAAAAGUACAAAGACAAAAAAGCCAUAUGGGUGCAAGCAAAGCGCAGAGGCUCAGAUACCCUUUGAACAAGGAAAUCAAAGCGUAGAUAGCAAAAGACCCUUUAAACAAAGGAAGAAAUUUGCAGAGCCCGAGCCAUUUGAGCAAGGAAACCAUAGUUCUGCAGCUAAGAUACCCUGUGAUCAGGGAAGUGUGCCUAAGUUACCUUGUAGCCUAGAAGAGAGGGCAGUGGCCGAAAGGCUUUGUGAACUGAAAAGUGCCGGGCAACGAGAUAGUAACUUAAAAGUGGUUGAAAAGCAGGACAGUGGUUUGUCAAUGCCUGUUUUAUCCCCGGGUGGAGACAGGUUGUAUAGGGAUAGGAUAGCAAAAUGGUAAAUUAGAUAAGUACUGUGAGUAAUAUACGUAAAACAGAUAGCCCCAUGCAGCAGAGCGUGUAUUAGUGUACGGAAACAUAGGAAACUAAUGUUCUUAAUUUUUGUGUACUAAAAAAUCUAAUGUGAACAAUAAAUCUGUGCGCAACCCUUAUUG